AACAGACAUGGGAAAAUUAAGCUCUAAAAAAGUACUUACCACUCUCUUCCUUGUUCAGUUCUCGUGUGUUGUUGCUUCUACCACUUCUACUGAAGAGACAAAUGCUCUCCUAAGAUGGAAAGCUAGCUUUACAAACCAAACACAAUCUCGGUUAACUUCUUGGACUCUGCUUUCUCCUAAUGCCGCCAACUCUAAGCCACUCACAACCCCAUGUUCUUGGCUUGGAAUUUCAUGCAAUUUAGCUGGAAGUGUCAUCAAAAUAAACCUUACCAGUUUCGGUUUAAAUGGUACGUUGUAUGAGUUUUCAGCCUCUUCUUUCCCUCAUCUUAAAUAUGUUGAUCUUGCAGUAAAUUCACUCUUCGGUGUUAUUCCAUCUCAUAUUGGUAACCUAUCAGAGCUCAUUUAUCUUGAUCUAUCCUUUAAUUAUUUCUCUGGAAAAAUCCCACCUGAAAUUGGUCUCCUAACAAAUCUUCAAAUCCUGCACCUUGAUGAAAACCAACUGAAUGGCACAAUUCCAUCUGAAAUUGGUCAAUGUCGAUCUCUUAAUGAGCUUGCCUUGUGUAGCAACAGUCUAGAAGGUCAAAUUCCUACUUCUCUUGGUAAUCUGAACAACCUAGUAAGGUUAUAUCUCUAUAAUAAUUCGCUUUCAGGUUCUAUUCCUACAGAAAUGGGAAAUUUAACCAAUUUGAUGGAACUUUACAUGGAUGUCAACCAUCUUACGGGCCUCAUUCCUUCCAAUUUUGGAAAUUUUACGAAGCUUAUUGUGUUGUAUGCCUUUGACAAUCAACUUUCUGGUCCUAUUCCUGAAGAAUUAGGAAAUUUGAAAUGCCUCGAAUGUCUAAGCCUUCAGACAAACAAUCUUUCUGGUUCUAUUCCAACAUCAUUGGGCAAGUUGACAAACCUCACCUUACUUCAUCUCUAUAGAAAUCAGCUUUCUGGUCCCAUUCCUGAAGAGCUUGGAAAUUUGAAAUCUCUCACAGAUCUAGAGUUGAGUGUAAACCAAUUAAAUGGUUCACUCCCUGCUUCUUUGGGCAAUUUGAGUAAUUUAGAAAUAUUAUAUCUUCGCCAAAACCAACUUUCCGGAUCCAUUCCUCAAGAAAUGGGAAAUCUCAUGAAAUUGUCAGUAUUGCAACUAGACACAAACCAGUUUACUGGUCCUCUGCCCAACAUUUGCCAAGGUGGUUCACUUACAAACUUCUCUGCAAACAACAAUAAUCUCGCAGGAAACAUCCCCAAAAGCUUCAAAAACUGCACAAGCUUGGUAAGAGUCAAUCUUGAAUUCAACCAACUCACUGGAAAUUUAGAUGCAGAGUUUGGUAUCUAUCCAAAACUGAGCUUUAUAGACAUAAGCCAUAACAAAUUCUAUGGUGAAAUAUCAUCUAAAUGGGGAAGUUGUCCAAAUUUAACUGCCUUACUCAUGGCGAGGAACAACAUCACUGGAAACAUACCGCGAGAGAUUGGAAAUGCAACUCAGCUACAAUCACUUGAUCUUUCUUCCAACAGUUUAGUUGGGGAGAUUCCAAAGACUUUGGGAAAGUUGACUUUUCUUACAAAGGUCAACUUCAGUGACAAUCAACUUUCCGGUGUCAUGCCUCCAGAAAUUGGGCUACUGACUAAUCUUGAGUCUUUGGACUUGUCCUCAAACAAAUUAAGCCAGGCAAUACCGAAAGAUCUAGGAAACUUGGUCAAGCUGCACUAUCUGAAUUUGAGCAACAACAAAUUUAGCCAAGAAAUUCCAGCUCAGUUCGAGAAUUUAUUUCACUUGUCUCAGUUAGAUUUGAGUCAUAAUUCUCUCGGAGGAGAGAUACCAUCACAAAUGAGCCAUUUGGAGAGCCUGGAGCUGCUAAAUCUCUCCCACAAUUCUCUUACCAGUUCCAUUCCGAACAGUUUUGAGGAAAUGAGAGGUCUGUUGUAUGUUGACGUAUCCUACAAUCAGUUGAAGGGCCCUAUUCCUGAGAACAAAGCAUUUCAAGAUGCUACUAUGUUACAAGGGAACAAGGGAUUGUGCGGUAAUGUUCAGGGAUUCCCACCAUGCAUAUCUCCUAUCACUUUCAAACAUAAAAAUGGAAAGGUCAAAAAAUUGGUGUUAUCAAUUAUAUUCCUUUUUUUGGGAGUUCUUUUACUUGCACUCGGGGUUUACUUAAUCUUGCAGAAAAUAAGGAAAAAGAAACUAGUUGGACAAAGCAGUGAGGAGGAUGUAGAGUUUUUCUCUGUGUUAACUGUUGAUGGAAGAAUUUUGUACAAACAAAUCAUGGAUUCAACCAAAGCUUUUGAUACUAGGUACUGUAUUGGGAAAGGAGGAUACAGUAGUGUUUAUAAGGCCAAGCUGCCAUCAGGUAGCAUAGUAGCUGUUAAAAAACUUCACCCGUUUCCAAAUGUUGAAAUAACACAUCAAAAGGAGUUUUUGAAUGAGGUCAAGACUUUAACAGAGAUACGACACCGGAACAUUGUAAAGUUGCAUGGCUUUUGUUCAAACCAGCAACACUCUUUUUUGAUUUAUGAGUACCUUGAAAGGGGUAGUUUGGCCACAAUCUUGAGCAAAGAAGAAACCGCUAAAGAAUUGAAUUGGUUCAAGAGGGUGAAUAUCGUCAGGGAUGUGGCUCAUGCACUGUCUUACAUGCAUCAUAAUUGCUCUAUUUCGAUUGUUCAUCGAGACAUAUCAAGCAACAACAUUUUGCUUGACAAGGAAUAUGUGGCUCAUGUUUCAGAUUUUGGCACUGCUAAGUUGUUGAAGAGAGACUCAUCCAAUUGGACCGAACUUGCUGGCACAUAUGGAUACAUUGCACCAGAGCUCGCUUAUACAAUGGAAGUUACAGAAAAAUGCGAUGUGUAUAGCUUUGGAGUGAUAGCAAUAGAAGUGAUUAAAGGAAAGCAUCCAGGCGAUAUAAUCUCUGCUCUAUUGUCCCAUUUAACAAGUGAGAGCAUGCUGGUGAAAGAUAUUCUGGACCAACGACUUCCACUUCCUCCUCCUGAAGUUGAGGAACAAGUGAUGACCAUUAUCAAGCUAGCAACUGCUUGCUUACAUGUCAAUCCACAAUCUAGGCCAUCCAUGGACAUGAUUUCCAAGAUGUUAGAUCAGUUCUAUAGCCCUUUACACUAUUAAAUCCGGAUAAAUAAAUUGUAUUGUAAAAGGUUAGGAGCAAGUAGAGGAAAUGUGAGGUAAAAGCAACUGCUUCCACACAGUAAGUGUUGCCUAGUUUGUAAGGUAUUUAUAUAUUUCUUCAAGUAAUAAAUGCUUACAAAUAAA